UAGACUAACCACUAAUAUGGGAUCACGUGAUAACUUAAGAACUAUUGAUAACCAGUCACGUGACAUCUCAUGGUCAGCUCAUUGGUCUGGUCCCUUAAUGGGAAUGGCAGCUUACUAUGCAGUGAAAAGAGGAAGAAAAACUGGAAUAUAUCACACCUGGAAGGAUUGCAGGGAACAGGUUGAUGGAUUUUCAAGACCAGUCUUUAAGAAAUUCCCAACAUUAGAAGAAGCAGAAUCAUUCAUUACUGGUCCCAUAACAAGGACACAAUACCAUCAAACAGGAAGAUACAAUCCUUAUAACAGGGCCAGCCGGUGUGGUACCUCUUCAAGUGGGUAUGGCACUUACCCCAGCGAGUCUGGCUCACAGUCGGUUGCUGUACACACAAGUGGACCAAUACCAGUUGUCUAUUCUGAUGGCAGUUGCUAUAGAAAUGGUAAAACAGGAGCUAGAGCUGGAAUAGGAGUAUACUGGGAAGAAAAUAGUAUCUGGAAUGUUAGUGAAAGAUUGUCAGGCAAGCAAACCAAUCAAAGAGCAGAAUUACUGUCUGCUACAAGAGCUAUUGAAACUGGAAUACGAAGAAAGAUGAAGACAAUAGAAAUAAGAACAGAUAGUAUGUACACCAUUAAUGCUGUUACUAAAUGGUGUCAUAAGUGGAAAUUAAAUGGGUGGAAGGUAACGGAUGGAUCUCCUGUUCAAAAUAAAGAUGAAAUAAAGAAUAUAUUGGCAUUAUCUAAACAAAUCAAUGUCAUUUGGAAACAUGUCAAAGGUCAUUCUGGUGACCAUGGUAAUGAGAGAGCUGAUGAACUAGCAAGAAUUGGAUCAGAAAAAUAAUAACCAUAAUAAUUAACAAUUGUAAUCACUUAUUGUUAAAAGAGAAUUCUUAUUACAUUUUCUCAUAA